AUGAUCUUCGCCGCCCGCCAACGUCAGGAGAAGUGCCAGGAGAUGCGGACCCACCUGUACUCUACCUUCGUGGACCUGACGAAAGCCUUCGACACGGUGAAUCGUGAAGGACUGUGGAAGAUCAUGCAGAAAUUCGGCUGUCCGGAGCGAUUCACUCAGAUGGUGCGUCAGCUGCACGACGGCAUGAUGACGCGAGUCACGGACAACGGAGCUGUCUCAGAGGCAUUCGCAGUGACCAACGGAGUGAAGCAGGGAUGCGUGCUGGCACCAACCCUCUUCAGUCUUAUGUUCUCUGCCAUGCUGAUGGACGCCUACCGCGACGAACGCCCUGGAAUCCGCAUCGCCUACAGAACGGACGGUCAUCUCCUGAAUCAACGGCGGAUGCACUUCAAAUCGCGCGUAUCCACAACUACCGGGCACGAACUCCUCUUCGCCGACGACUGCGCCCUGAACACCACCUCCGAAGCGGAGAUGCAACGGAGCAUGGACCUAUUCUCCGCCGCCUGCGAGAACUUUGGGCUGGUCAUUAACACGCAGAAGACGGUGGUGAUGCACCAACCGCCGCCCAACUCAGCCACAGCCCCCAACGCGCCGCAAAUCAACGUGAAUGGGACUCAACUGCAAGUGGUAGAGAACUUCCCGUACCUGGGCAGCACGCUCUCCCGCAACACCAAGAUCGACGACGAAGUCGCCAAAAGGAUCUUGAAAGCCAGUCAAGCCUUCGGUCGUUCCGAAGCACUGUUUGGAAUCGCCACGGUCUCCAACUGA